AUGUCUGUCAGACUGCUGCCUGUGUCCAGGGCCCCAAUAGUUGUGGCUGUCGGACUGCCUCUCAAUGCUCUCUCGGCGUCAAUCUGUCUCAUUCUCUCUCUCACCAGCCAUCUCUCUGUCUUUGCCUGCCGGUCCCCUGUAAAUCCGUCUAUCCACGGGCGUGUGCAGGUCUGCCUGCGCCUGCGCCUGCGCCUGCGCCUCAGCUCACUGAGUCUUCCGUCUGCAGUCCUGCCUCUCCUCCACUCGUUGCACCACAAUGAAACAACACCCGCGAGCAUACCUAUGCCACUAAUGAUUGAUUUAUCGAUCGUCUGA